CCCAGGGCGGCCACAGUGCGCCCGACCGCUCGCUAGCUGGGCCGCCACCUGCUGCUGCCCGCCCGCCUGCGCCGCGACAUGGCUGGCAAAGCACACAGGCUGAGCGCUGAGGAGCGGGACCAGCUGCUGCCAAACCUGCGGGCCGUGGGGUGGAACGAGCUGGAGGGCCGCGACGCCAUCUUCAAGCAGUUCCACUUCAAAGACUUCAACAGGGCUUUUGGGUUCAUGACAAGAGUGGCCCUGCAGGCUGAGAAACUGGACCACCAUCCUGAAUGGUUUAACGUGUACAACAAGGUCCACAUCACCCUGAGCACCCAUGAGUGUGCAGGCCUCUCAGAGCGGGACAUAAACCUGGCCAGUUUCAUCGAACAAGUAGCAGUGUCCAUGACAUAGACCCUGUCCUUUGAAUUCCGUGGCAGGGAGGGGACGGAGGAGCCCUGGGCCCCAAGCCCCUGUGCCUGCGUCGUAGGGGUGAGUCCCUGCAUCUGCGACCCCUGGAACUGGGACCUUUCCCCUGUGCCACUCUUCGCCUUGGGGCUAUUGUGUUACACUAAUUUGAAUAAGCUCUCCCCUUUCUUUGAUAACUUUCCUGUAACAGUAACGAUUUCCUAACAGGCUGUCUAGUUUCCUUUCAAACUCAUUUCCCAAGAAGCUAUGGUAUAAGGUGAAAUAAAGUCUUCUCUUAGAACCCAGGACCCCAAAGUAAACCUCAGCCUACGCCAUGGAAGCACAUGAGCUUUAAUGCCUCAAAUAAAACUACUGUAUCCCUUGG